AUGAGUGUGUUUGCAGUUUUGGUGAGUUUUUCGGCGGCAUUGGGUUGUUACGCUUUAUCCGUGGGUUGUUGUUAAGUUUAAAAAAGCAUUUUUUUUGUUUUUGUUAAUAUUGCAUUUUUGCACAAUUUUUUAAAUAUAUCAUAACGAAAUUCUUAGUAAUAUAUUAAAUAAUAAAAAAGGAUUAAUAUGUCUGUGAAAACUUUACUACCAGCCAAUAAGGGAAUGCUCGGAUCAGCAGUGAGCUUGAGCACAAGACGUGCCAAAUCAUGGUUCGCUGGUGUACAGAUGGGACCACCUGAUGCUAUUUUAGGUGUAACAGAAGCUUUUAAACGUGACACUAAUCCAAAAAAAAUCAACUUAGGUGUUGGAGCCUAUCGUGAUGAUGAUGGUAAACCAUGGGUACUACCCAGUGUACGCAAAGCUGAAGAACGCAUUUUAAACAAGAAGUUGGAUAAAGAAUACGCAACCAUCAUUGGCAUCCCCGAUUUUUAUAAUAAAGCCAUCGAACUGGCUUUGGGAAAAGACUCACAACGCUUAAAGGAGAAACACAAUGCAACGACACAAGCUAUUAGUGGUACAGGAGCUCUACGUGUUGGCGCUGCUUUUCUUAGCAAAUUCUGGGAAGGCAAUCGUGAAGUCUAUGUACCUACACCAACAUGGGGUAAUCAUACACCCAUUUUUGAACAUUCCGGCCUAACUGUCAAAAAAUAUCGUUACUACGAUUCCAAAACUUGUGGUUUGGACUUCAAAGGCUGUUUGGAAGAUAUCUCUAAAAUACCUGAAAAUUCAAUAGUACUUUUGCAUGCCUGCGCACAUAAUCCCACUGGUGUUGAUCCAACCAAAGAGCAAUGGCGCGAAUUAUCACAAGUGAUAAAGAAGAAAAAUCUUUAUCCUUACUUCGAUAUGGCUUAUCAAGGUUUCGCUUCCGGUGAUGUUGAUCAUGACGCACAGGCAAUACGCAUUUUUGAAGCUGAUGGCCAUCAAUAUUGCUUAUCUCAAAGCUUUGCCAAGAAUAUGGGUCUCUACGGUGAACGUGCUGGAGUCUAUUCAGUCAUUUGCGCUAGUAAAGAGGAAGCAGAUCGUGUUAUUUCUCAAAUAAAAAUUUUGAUUCGUGCAUUGUAUUCCAAUCCACCAGUACAUGGAGCACGUAUCGUAGCAGAAAUUUUGAAUGAUAAAGACUUGCAUAGCAUUUGGUUGAAGGAUGUCAAAUGUAUGGCUGAGCGUAUUAUUAACGUACGUGCACAACUUAAACAGAAUUUAAUUGAUUUGGGCUCUUCACGCUCAUGGGAUCAUAUCACCAACCAAAUUGGUAUGUUCUGUUACACUGGCAUGACUGCCGAUCAUGUUGCACGCCUAUCGAAAGAGUUUAGUAUUUACUUGACGAAGGAUGGACGCAUUUCAAUGGCUGGCGUUACCAGCAAAAAUGUUGGGUAUUUAGCACAGGCAAUGCAUGAAGUUACCAAGUAAACACAAUCCUCUGGGAUUGAAAAAUUACACCCAUUUUAAAUAAAAUUUAAUUAUCACUGCAUAGCAAUAUAUUAAAUUUUAUGCGAAAAUAUGUAGCGCACAUUGUACUUGUUGUAUGACUUGUAAAUUAGAAACAAUCAAACAUACUGUCCGAUUUUAAAAUUUUUUCUUUGUUUUUUUUGUUGU